AUCAGAGCGGAACUCCGUCUCGAAACAAAAAAAAAGGAGAAAGAGUUGGAUUUCUUACCCAUAGUAUGUUCGGACCUCUUCGUUCCCAUUGCCCCUUUGAGGCACAGAGUUACUGGGUGGAAGGUCUCAGCUGUCAGUUGUCUAGGUUCUUGCCGUGUUGAACAAAGAACUGAACAAAACACACAAGUAAAGCAACAAAAAAGAAUGGAGUAAGGAGGGCACAGAUUUACUGAAGAGAAAGAGCACUCCACAGAGUGGGAGCAGGCUCAAGCGAGCGGCCAAGGACCCCGAUUGCAAUGCGCCCCAAGGUUUUCAUAAAGCUAAAAGAAUUUGGUAACACCCCUAGCUGCCCUUUGGAGGUUUCCAGUGGGUUACACCCUGUGGAGGAUGAGUCUGCAACAAUCAGAGACUGAAGUGGAGUCUCAUUAUCACAGGAGGGAGGCUGUGGCCUGUGUGCUGCCUCAUCUUGCCUGGAACUGGCUGCACCUGCUGUUCUUUUGCUUAUCCCUUCGUUCCUGGUUACCCUCAUUCCUUCCUCUCCUGCCUCAGCAGGGUGCCGUGUUCAGUGUGGGCUCCUCUGAGCAGCAGCUGCACUGUCUCACCAACAGCAUGAGGUGCCAUGCCUCGGUGGCCAGGCCUUCUAUAAAGAGGGUGGCAGUCCUCCUGUGGAAUGCCGGCUUGCCAGGCUCUGUGGCUCACGUGAAGUUCUGCUCUGAGUCCCACCUGCAAACCUGGCUGAGCAAAGGCAGCAAAAUUGCUGAGCCCCUGGUGCCCAAAAUGAUACCCCAGCUCCCCGUUGCGCAGGUCUGAUGCGGCUGCCUGGAAUGGUGUUUGGUCUCCGAGCAAAAGGCCCUGGAGGCAAACCCUCCCUGCAAGGAUGUGGCCACUUCCCUGUGGACAGAGGUCUGGGCUGCAGCAACCUUGCGGUCGCCUCCCAGGUGUCCCAGCAAGCCCAUGUUGGCCUUUUCUGCUGUUCGUCUUUGAGCAGAGGCGACAGAGCUUGCCGGCAAGUCAAGGUGGGCUCCCUGCCCCCUUGCUGGCCAGGUGGGGCAGCAGCUUCUACUGCUCUGAUGCAGACUGGUGUGCAGCCUGCCCCACUGACCUGGGCCCACUGCUGGGGUCCCACAGACAUUUCAGAGUGUGUCUCGGGGUGGGCUCACUACAUGCCAGAGGGCUUGCUCCCCACUUGGCUUGGGGCAAGAUAGUAAAGACCCCCCAGCAAAGACUGUGCAGUCCCAGGGCUCUCUCACCCUUCACAGAACCAACCACAAAGCCUUUCCAAGCACCAGGGAACUCGAGGCCUCACACGCCUUCUCUCUCCCCAGGGAACAUUUUUAACAGCUUCUGCCGGCCACGCCCUGUGUCCAUGUCCAGGUCAGUCCUGGAGGCCCUGACGUCCUACACUGCCAUGCAAUGUAUCCCCUCUGACGGCUGCUCAUUGUUCCUGCGUGUACGCGCCUCCAUCACCCUGCAUGAGCACCUGCGGGGCCUGGAGGCCUGCACCGUGAGCCUGGACACCCAGGAGACGCAGUGUCAGAGCGUGUGGGUGGCCAGGGCCUCCCACCGGCAGCAGGUGGGGCAGCAGCUCCAGGUGUACUUUGGCUGCUUUGCGGUGAGCGUGGCCCAGCACCUCUAUGUCACCCUGAGGACCAUCCCUCAUUUCUGCGGGGUCCAGCUGGAUCAGAAGCACCUCGUGGAAGCCGGGAAGCUCAGCUACUGGGUGGACCGGAGGCGCAAGGCGAUUCUGGUGCAGGUGCCCAGGGCCUCUGGGAGCCCCGACUACUACGUGCGGCUCUGCCACAAGCGGUUCACCUGCGAGGACGUGGGCGCCCCGGUGCAAGUGACCGCCAACAACGUCUCCCGGGUCGUCUCCCUGCCCUACAGCCAGGAACUGCCGUGCCUGUGCCUGGAGGGCUGGUCUGCGACCCCUGAUGCGGUGCGGACCCAGAUCUGCCCCUUUGAAAACGACACUGAGGCACUGGAGGUGCUGUGGGACACGGUCUACUACCACCCAGGGAGCCAGACACUGAGCUGGGAGCCCACCUGCCCUGUGAGUGGCCAUGUGAGCCUGUGCUGGCGCCCGGGGCCCGGGGCCGGCUGUCGUAAGCUGCAGCGAUCCAGCCAGCUGGUGCAUCGAAGAGUGCAGUACCCGCUGGUGGACACCCAACCCCAGCUCUGCCUGAAGUUCUCCACCAGUUGGGGGUCCUGGGUGCGGUGCCCUUUUGAACAGCGUCGCUUCCCAACCCCGCCCACUUCCAGGUGCACCUGUGUCACAGGAGGAAGUCACAGCUCCCUGCCUGCCAACCCGCACUCCAGGCCAGCCCGCUCCCUCCAGCCUCAGGUGACCCCGCAGCCGCCCCUGCCUUUGCCUUCCUGGACCUUCCCAGGGAGGAGGCCUGUGCCCCAGGCAUCUGCAUCCAGGUGGGUGUUGCUGCUGUGCCCAGCCCCUACCCAUCUCCUCCACUGCAGGACCUCAGUUCACACCCCCCACUUCCCAUCCCCAUCCUCGGGGGAAGCAGGAGGCCGUGUUGAUGGAGCUCAGUUCACACCCCCCCUUCCCAUCAUCCUCGGGGGAAGCAGGAGGCCAUGUUGACGUAGCUGCCUUGUGCCUGCAGGGCUGGAGGACCGAUGUACACUUCUCCGUCCCCCAGCAGCUCUGCAACCUCCACUCCAGCGGGUGCCCAGCUCUCAGGGGCCACAGGAGGCUGAGGACUAGACCCAGGCACUCCCGGCCUCCCACAGUGGGCUGGGUAUGGCGUGCACUGAACAGAAGACUGGGUGGGGGAGACGGGGAGACCACCCAGCCCUGAGACAGGUCAGGCUUCCGUGCCAAACCCAGGCCUGUGCCCACCACUGCCCUCCAGCCUCGCAGUUCCCUCCACCACAUACCGCUGGGCCUCCCACACACCCUCCCUGGUCUCACUCUGUCACUGGCCUUGCCUCCUCCUCCCUGGGGGUCCACCUUCCCUGAUCGGAGCUCUGGUUCCAACCACCAGUGACUUGGGAUGUCCCUUUGCCAACGAGCCACUGAGGCCCAGGCUCCCAGGACCCAGGGUACAUCAGGACAGGACUCUGCCCAGUGGACAGAACUAAGCACGUGUGUCCGGGUGUGGUCAGGAGCGUGGCUCUGCCUUGGAGUCCAGGAAGGGUCAGAGCUGGCACUCCCACCUGCACCCUCCCUGUGAGCUCAAGAGCUUGCCUAGCUUCAGGUGGGGUGAAUCGCAAGAGCCACAGGGGUGGGAGGGGUGGGAGGGGGUGGAUAGGACAGCCAGGAACCCAGGGCCUCUGGAGACCCUUUCCAGGGAGCACCAGUGCGCCAGGCAGGGGUCUCUGGAAUGUCUCCUCAGCUCAGCCGAGCCACAGCCAUUUCAGGGCAGCCUCUGGCCUGCUGCCCACAGGACAUGCCCAGGGCCAUGGCAGGACCCGCAGACCUUCAGCUCCCCCUUCUCCCAGCAAUACUUUUUGGCCAAGCCUGGGUCCCCUUCCCCAGCAAAGGUCACCUCCAGCAGCUCACAGACGAAAGGGGCAAAGGACACCUGCUGGUCAGGUGUCCCUGGGGCUGGCACCUGCCACUGUGGAGUGCCCAUGCUAUGCUGGGCAAGUCCACGGCCCCAGGGAUAGGCCUGGAGGCAGCAGGAGGACUGGGCCUGGCUCAGGUCGGGGGAUCUGGAGGUAACACACACUGCUUUUGGGGCCAGGGUGGGCCCCCCUUCACUUGUCUGCUGAGCCUCCCUGGAGACAGGAGGCUGCUGUCCACAGCCACUGACCCCCAGGACUGGGCAGCCCCCUCCCCUUCCCUCACAUUGUCUCAGCCUCGCACAGUGGGGCCAGGGCUGGGAGGGGGUGCCCCAGCCAGUACCACCUCCACAUCUCUCUCCAGUUGCACCCACCCCCAUGGGAUGGCAGCCUGAGGCCAGGAAUCUCCUCAAGAACAAGUAGGUGCCAGGGACACAUUGCUGGGGGGCAGGAGGCCA